GUCACUGUCAGUGUCACAACAAGUACUUGUUUUGUUGUGUUGUGAAUGUUUGUAGUUUUGUAAUCGACAAUGACGGCUGAAAACAGCGAGAAUACAACGAAGACAUUCAAUUAUUCGUUCCCGACAUGCACCAGCGAGGAAGUGCAGUUCAAGCUGGAGGUGCCGGUGGAGAUCCCGCACGCCGGCUCCACCAGAGAGCUGGUGCAGCGCGUCAUCAGCAUGUUCCACAUCCCCGUCUACUUGGAGGAAGACCUAAAUGAAAAAUUAGCAAAAUUUGUAGCUGAAGAAACCAAAAACUUUCACAAUGAAAGAGACAGGAAGCUUCUGAACCAGCUGAAGAACAGUGAGAUCAAUGUGGAAGGCAUCGUGAAGGGCUGGGAGAAGCUGUUCAAAGACAAUGUCAUGGAGUUUGCAGAACAGAAGGGCACCUCCGAUGAGGAAGUGUUCGCAGCCGCCUACCACAAGCUGGUGCACUCCCCCGCACUCGAGACUAUCCUACAAGUAGAGAACUCAUACGCUAAGACUGUCAUGAACACUCUCAAUAACAGAGAUGAAGAUAUCAAAAAACUCACACAGAAACAAACAGAGGAGAUGGAAGAGAAAGUCCGUCUACUGAACACAUCAACAACAGAGGAAGAGAUCAAUGAGCUGGCAGCACAGCAGUUUGAGCAGCAAGCCCUGGUGGCCGGCCGCUGGGGGUCACAGCUAGACGCACUGCGGCAGACGCAGCGGGCACAGCACCGCGCCUGGCUCAUGAACACACUGGAGGAGUAUCAAAGCACCUCUGCACUCAACACACCCAGCAACUCACCGCUGGGCACGUUCUCCCCGGAGGCGGGCGGCGCGGCGGCGCCGGCGGCGGCCAGCGAGCGCCUGGAGGAGAGCUUCACCAUCCACCUGGGCAGCCAGCUCAAGCAGACGCACAACAUCCGCAUCGUCGCCAUGGACCUGCUCGACCUCUGCUCCGUCGACCAUGUUGACAACCCGAGCGAGUCGUCGCGGCGGCUGGGCACGGCGCUGUCGCUGUACGGCUCGGAGCUGGCGGGCGCCGUGCUGCUGACGGAGGCGCCGCCGCGCCGCCCCGCGCCGCCCACCACGCUGCUGCUGCGCGCCGCCGAGCGCUCCACCGAGCACCACUUCGCCGACGCCGACCACCAGCUGCGCACCAUCAGCGAGAAGGUCCAAGAACCGGUGGAGCGGCGGAACACGCAGCGGCUGCAGCAGGCGGAGAGCGCGGCGGGCUCCGGCAACGGCUCGCGCUUCAAGAGCAAGCGCAACCUGCAGACCGGCGACAUCUUCAUCACCAAGCACAGCAACCUGGCCGAGGUGCACGUCGUCUUCCAUCUCAUCGUCGACGACUCCUCGCUCAGAUCUGGAGACAUCACAUCUCGGCACCCUGCUAUUUUGGGCCUGCGGAACAUCCUGAAAGCGGCGUGCAGCAACGACAUCACCAGCAUCUCGAUACCGCUGCUGCUGCGCCAUGAGAUGUCCGAGGAGAUGACGGCGGCGUGGUGCGUGCGGCGCGCGGAGCUGGUGCUGAAGUGCGUGAAGGGCUUCAUGCUGGAGGCGGCGGGCUGGGGCGGCGCCGAGCUGCGCACGCUGCACUUCGCGCUGCCGCCGCGCGCCGCGCCCGCCACCUUCGCCGCGCUGGCCGCGCUCACGCCCAACAUCUUCCGCGUCUCCAACCCCGUCAAGUUCCGCACCUGGUGCUGAACCCGCUGGCAUAUACUCGCGGGCUAGCAGCGUGCACGCUCGACGCGACGUGUUGCACUCAAGAACUGUUCCAUUAUGUAAUCAAAGUAGCUUAUUCAGUUAUAACUUAUUCCUUAGGCGGCAAAUUGGGCGUUGUUUAGAGCGUGCAGGCGAGCGCUACUAAAUGCAUGUUGAGACUGAAGUCAGUGGUCAGGAAAAUCAAACCGUUUUCCAAAACAACUAAUUAUUGUUGUUCGGUAAAAAGCUAUAACUUAAGAGCAGGAAGACUCCUUAAGUUAGAAAUGUAGUAUAAAUAAAUAUCGCAACUAGCUUUUGCCCGCGACUUCGUUCGCGUAAAAUAGUGACUUCCGGCAGAUUUUUGGUUUGACCAAUAGAUGGCGCUAUAUGGAAUAAAUUUUAUUUAUAUUUU